CUCUCUCUCUCUCUCUCUCUCUCUCAAUUUAAUACUCUGUAUCGCGGCGUAUAUUACAAUACAUUGCAUUUCAUCCUUAGAUUCGUUUCCAUUUCGGCUCUGAGCGAGCGAAUCGGAUCCGUGAAAUGCUUGCUCGUUGAUCUCUGUGUUUGAUCCGAGGCUUGCCAAGAUGAUGAUCUUUAGCCCCGUCACUGUUGGCCAGGUUUCGUUUUUGCUUGGAGUUAUACCUCUCAUCGCAGCUUGGAUUUAUUCUGAGUUCUUGGAGUACAAGAAGAAUUCACUCUCUUCAAAAUUUAGGUACUCUGAAGUGAAUUUGGUUGAAGUGGAAAAAGAGGCGGUUAAAGAGGAUGACAGAGCUGUUUUAUUAGAGGGCGGAGGUCUCCAAUCCGCCUCACCAAAAGCUCGAACUUCAUCUGCCUGGUCGCCUAUAUUCAGGUUCAUUUUGAUGGAUGAGACCUUCUUGCUUGAAAACCGGUUGACGCUUAGAGCAAUAUCUGAAUUUAGCGUCCUUUUAGCAUACUUCUACUUAUGUGAUCGUACAGAUUUCUUCAACACAUCAACUAAGAGUUACAACCGGGAUCUUUUCAUAUUUCUUUACUUCCUUCUCAUCAUAGUUUCGGCAAUGGCUUCUUUCACGAUACAUAAUGAGAAGUCUCCAUUAACUGGGAAAUCCAUUCUUUAUCUAAAUAGGCAUCAAACUGAGGAGUGGAAAGGCUGGAUGCAGGUGUUAUUUUUGUUGUACCACUAUUUUGCUGCAACAGAAAUUUAUAAUGCAAUCCGAGUAUUUAUUGCUGCAUAUGUCUGGAUGACUGGAUUUGGAAACUUUUCUUAUUAUUAUGUUCGCAAAGAUUUCAGCCUAGCAAGGUUUGCACAGAUGAUGUGGCGGCUUAAUUUCUUGGUAUUGUUUUGCUGUGUUGUCCUUAACAACAGUUACGUGCUAUACUACAUCUGCCCCAUGCACACUCUGUUCACGCUUAUGGUUUAUGGGGCACUCGGUAUUAUGAGCAAGCAUAAUGAGAUUGGGUCAGUGAUAGGUGUAAAAAUCAUUGGUUGUUUCUUGGUUGUUAUCUUGGUAUGGGAAAUACCUGGAGUGUUUGAAUUGCUUUGGAGCCCACUCACAUUCCUUCUUGGCUACACAGAUCCUGCGAAACCAGGUUUACCCCUCUUGCAUGAAUGGCAUUUCCGCUCGGGCCUUGAUCGAUACAUAUGGAUAAUUGGAAUGAUAUAUGCUUACUAUCAUCCAACUGUUGAAAGGUGGAUGGAGAAACUGGAGGAAGCAGAAUGGAAGCGUAAAAUGUCAAUCAAAACAGCUGUUACACUGAUAACCGUAACGGUGGGAUAUCUGUGGUUUGAGUAUAUAUACAAGAUGGACAAGCUUACUUACAAUAAAUAUCAUCCGUAUACCUCAUGGAUUCCUAUAACGGUCUACAUAAGUUUGCGCAAUGUCACGCAGCAAUUCCGCAGCUACUCUUUGACCCUUUUUGCAUGGCUUGGAAAGAUAACACUGGAGACCUACAUCUUGCAAUUCCACGUCUGGUUAAGAUCAGGUGUCCCUGAUGCUCAGCCUAAGUUGUUGCUCUCUAUGAUCCCAGAAUACCCGCUAUUGAACUUCAUGCUCACUUCUGCCAUUUACGUUGCAAUCUCUUACAGGCUUUUUGACCUGACAAAUACGUUGAAAAUAGCAUUUGUACCCAGUAAAGAUAACAAGCGCCUUGCCAACAACAUAAUUACAGCGACAGCAAUAUCGUGUGGAUUAUACUUCAUCUCUUUUGUCUUCCUAAAAAUCCCCCAAAUGCUGGUGUGAUAAUUCAAAUAUGAAAAAAAGAUAUAGUACACAAGGCCACUUGCUUGUAAAAGUCAUUCGUGAACAUGGGAGAAUACCGUACCACUGCAAGAGUUCUUUGCCUCCGUAACCCAUUGGAGAUACGGAUUCAUCUGCUGCUGCUGAUCGGCGGGGUUAUUAAUGGAAAUGCAGAUCAUUGUAUUAGUUUUUUUUGGUUCUCAGCAAUGAGCAUUGUAUUAGCAUUAGAUUUUGGGACAUAAAUUGUAUAGGGAAGGGUGGGUAAUUAGUUUGACCUCCAACCAGGGGGAUACCUUUGCCAUACUUAUACUCGACUUUUGCUACCAUUAUAGUAAAAUGAUCCAAGAGUUUGUCAAA